UGGUGACAGUAUGUAAAAAAAAAAAUUUUUUCAUUUUCCGAAAAAUUAUGACAAAAAAAAUACAACUUCAAAAAACUCGCCAUGCCUCUUAUGAAGUACGUCGGACUGUCAUUUGGGGGAUAUCUGUACUGUUAUGACAUUCUUGGACUUCAAGAAAUUAGAUUGGCCAUCAAUACUUCAGGAUUGAUCAAUAUUCAGAUCUAUACCAUAGAUUGUGAACUCUAUAACUUUCCUACAAACUAAAAAAUACAUCCUAAUUUGGGUUAUUUUCACCAAAGACAUGUAG